AUCAACUGGAGAAAAAAGCUGGAAACGUGUGUAAAGUUUAAAUCACAUUGGAUGUCUUCUUAUUGGAAAUAACAGAAUAUUUGUUUUCCCUUAUUGUUUGUGAAUUAUUGAUCACCACCAGCAGCAGCAUCAUCAUUAUUCUGCUGGGUUCAUUUCAUUUGAUUAUACUACUUCAUAUUUAUAUAUAAAGAUUGAGAGAGAGAGAGAGGUAGGUUAUAUCUGUAAGUGUUCAUGGCUGGAUUGUUCCGUUAAACCUGCCGGGUGGACAUUGAUAGUGCUUUGUCCCCAUGCCACUCUCACUCAGCAGGAAAUAUGAUCAGUUCACCAGAUUUGGUGGCUUUCACAAAAGAUGAUGACUUCAGAGACACCUAUGUGGAGAUUAACUCGCUGCCAGAACAGUUUUCACUGCCUCAAUUCCCCUAUGCUGGAAAUGCCAACCCUUGGGCCGGGGCUUCCUUUGCCAAAUUCACCAAGGACUUCAUUCUCAUCUCCGAGUUUUCCGAACAAGUGGGGCCCCAGCCGCUGCUGACCAUCCCGGAUGACCCCAAAGCCUGGGGCACCUUUGAUCUCAAUUACUUCUCUCUCAGGAUUAUGUCCGUGGAUUAUCAGGCCUCCUUUGUGGGGCACCCUCCGGGCUGCGGGUACCCCAAGCUUAACUUCGUGGAGGACUCCAAAGUUGUGCUGGGCGACUCCAAAGAAGGGGCUUUUGCCUAUGUCCACCACUUAACCCUUUACGACCUGGAGGCCAGGGGCUUUGUGAGGCCUUUCUGCAUGGCCUACAUCUCCUCUGACGAAGACAAGAUCAUGCAGCAGUUCCAGGAGCUCUCCUCUGAGUUCUCCAAGGCGUCUGAGUGCCUGAAGACUGGAAACCGGAAAGCCUUUGCCAAUGAACUGGAAAAGAAGCUGAAGGACCUGGAGUACACCAGGACCGUGCUCCACGAGGAAGCCGAGCUGCAGAAGACAGAGAAUGGCUGCUACUCAACACAAGCGAUAGAGAAAGCCAACGAGCUGGCUAACGUGGAGAAAUCAAUCUACGAGCACAAAGACCUUUUAAAGCAGGUCACGUCCUACCCUAACAGAAAGAUGAAGGAUCCUGAGUUCCUCCCUUACGAACCUGAACCCCCCUCUGAACCUCCUGGAGUGGACCAGGACCAGAUCUCCGGUGGCUCUAAUCCCGACCACCCCUCGGAUGACCCCAGCAAUACACGCAGGCCGUCUUACACCCCUCAGUUCAUCAAGGCAAAAUCAGCCAAAUGUUUCGACAAGCGCUUGAAAACGCUGGAAGAGCUGUGUGAUGUCUACUUCUUCAACCAGACCGUGGACCAGCUGACUCAAAUCGAGAAGAUCUUCAGAGGCGACCUCUGCUACAUCUCCACCAGCCAGAUAGACACGGCUCUUUUGAAGCAGCAAAAAAUCACCAACUUUCUGUUCGAGGUUUUCAGAGACUGGGAGGAGGAACCUGAAAAGCCCCAGUAUGGUGAAAAACUAGCCCCCAACAGUGAUAGCCGUCUCAAUCCUACCCCCUCUAACGAGCCCUCCUGCGUGGAGACUGUGCUUAUUAAAAUGGAGCAGGACAUCAGUGAGGAAGGACAGCAGGAGACAGAGUCCAGCCUGUGUGACAUCACGCAGGACAAUUCCGAAGAGUGCCUGGAAGCAGAUAUGAAAGGCAGUGUAAGUAGCGGAGAGAGCAUCGAAGUGCUGGGGACGGAGAGAUCUUUCCCUGUUCAGGGAUCCUUGGUCCAAUCAGAGAGCCAGGCGAGUCUGCCGGUACAUUAUCCCGAGGUGGUCCGAAGGAAAGCGGUGAGCAAGAGGACAAACAGCGAGGACAGCAUUGAAGUGCUGAGCACCACAGACUCGAUCAUACCCGAGGAUCUGAGGGCGUCCUGCUCCGGCGCUAUUUACGAGGAGGAGCCUUACAAUGACAGCUCUUCAGAGCACAUGUACCAGUCUUCACCAUCAAGCCAGAGGCUGGUGGACUCCGGCAUGCAAGAUGCAGGGGAUUUUGGAAAGGAGGCCACAGAGCAGGCUGAUUCUGCCUGCUGCAUCGGGCAGGAGGGCCCCCGCUUCGAGGAGCCAGCCCCUGAGCUCGGCCAGGAGUGCAGCGACAAUGGAGUGGUGAGGGUGGCCCCCAGGUCAAGCAGAGCUGGGGAGCAGGCCCCGGGUGUGGAUGAUGGGGCUCCGGCGGGACUGCCUUCAUACGAGCUGAACCUCAUUUACCUCUCCGAUGAGGUGUCCAGGCUGGACCUGGAUGACGUUUCGGACAGCACCAGCUUCAUGAGCGCCUCCACCAGCUCCGAGCGGGCUGCUUCUCCCUUCCUCUCAGGCAAUCCCAUCACUGUGAAGCACAAGAGGAAAGCCGGGCAGGGUGCCCUGAGGUUUAUCAGACAGUACCCGUUCGCCCAGCAAGCCAUAUUCUGCUUGCUCAGUGGGAGAACACUGGUAGUGAUGGGCGCAGACGAAGGAAAGGUGAGAAAGCUGGUGAGCGCCCUGUCCAUCUUCGUGCCAAACCUGGGCAAGUAUGCGGAAACGAUAAAGCCCUGGCUGACCUCCCCCUUCCAAAUCACAGAUCUGCACAGCUGGAAACUGAUUGGGCUGCACAGGGUGGCCUCUCCCACUGGCUCCAGCAUGCUGUUCUCCCUGAACCGCUACAGCCGGUACAUCGGCAUCCUGGACGCGGAUCACAAGACUCUGCGCUGCCCCCCCUACAAGGGCACGCUGAUCAGCAAGCUGGCGGACCACCGGACACAGAUUAAGCGAGGCAGCACCUACUUCAUGCACGUGCAGAGCAUGUUGAGCCAGCUCUGCUCCAAGGCCUUCCUCUACACCUUCUGCCACCACCUGCACCUCCCCAUCCACCCGGGCGAGGGAGAUGCCUCGGUGGCAAGCCGGCGGGUGGGCUUCCUGCAGCACCAGCUGGGCGUCUCAGGCGAGGACGUCAGGAUCGUGCAGUACCUGGGCGAGCUCCUCAAACUGCACUACCUUCAGGGUCCUGGCAAGGGGGGCACCCCUCCGGUCUUCAGAUUUGAGUACACCACCAGCUUUCUAUAUAAGAUCUAGGGAUGGUUGGAAUUCGUUUAAAGGGAUGUUGGAAGAUCCUGCUUGAUUCGAAUAAUAGGUGGUGUUUGGGGCUUGCUUUGAGAUUUAAUGAAUGUAAGUUAUUUGUGAUAUGGUGUUGUUUUUUGAAUGAUCCCUUCAAUGUGUUUUUCCAGAAUAAGACAGGCGCUGCUAUUGUUGUGGAUUGCAGGUGUUCCUGUAGUUUCGGUUUUAGGUCUUGGUCAACAGCAGUGAGUGCAGAUUUUUAAAAAAAUAAAAUCUUUAUUGUUGCAAAUCUCAAGCCUGCCAAGAUAGAAUAGUAGCAAUGAUACCCUGCCAUCUCUGUUAAUUUGACACGGUGAGACAUUAUCAGAAACUGACAGAGUUUGAUAUUCAAACGAAUUGCCUCAUUUAGCUUAGUAAUUGUUCAGUUGGUUCAGUUUUCAAAAAAAAAGAACAGCUUCAGGAAAUACAUGUAAAAAAAUUUAAAUCAGAUUUUAAUCUAAAGCUACUUUAUAGCCUGUUAGCCGAACUGCAUAACAAACAGCUACAAAUCUUACCCAGUCGAGACUCAAGUGUUAAAAUAGAAGUUUUACCGAACCUGAAACUAACCCUAUUGUAACAGCACAUAGUCACAUGCAUGAAGUGUCAUCUGCCAGUGAGGUUAAUGUUGUCUGGAAUGUGGAUUCCUUGUAGUGUGGACUGAAUCGUAGGUGGGAAGGCUUGGCCCAGACUGAGCCACUAAUACAUGCUCCUGCCCAGCUGCUGGUCGAGUUAAAGAAAGUCAGACCCUUUAUGAUUAGCUAUAAAGAAUCGUUCUGUGUCUGCAGUACAAUGGAGGACUCCAAGCUAUUACGCAUGUGAAAUGUGAACUAAUACUGGACUCAGUAAUGCUGCAAGAAUGCACAAGAUGUUGCAUGUUUACCUUCUUAGAAAAAAAAACAUUUGGCAGUAUAAUUUUUAUAUGUAUACAUUGGUAACUGGAGUGUUUGUAAUGCAAGUCAAACAUGGUCCAUAAUCUACCCAGGUACAGUAGCUGUGUGGUUGCCAGCCACUUUAUUGAAGGAAAGGGCAAACGUGGACUAUAGUGCUAUAGUCAGUGAAUCUGUGCCCCGCAGCCAAAUCUGUAUAUUGUAAUUUUGGUUUUGAUUGUGUCUAGACCAAGAGGGCACUGUACUGUAUAUAAACCAACCAAGAGGAAUGUAAUGUACAGUAAAAUAUUUUCAUUCGUAAGCAGUAAACCCUGUUGAGACUUUCUUAACUCUCUUUAAGGACAGGUUGUUGUGGGGUAGGGUUAAUUAAACCAUCAAAUUAAUUUAUUUUUCAGAAUUUAUUUAAUAUUGUACUUGUAUAUUGUUUCUCCUUGCCAAAUACACUGCCCAUCAAUCCCCCUCAGAGAUUAAACUGCUCAAAUACAAUUUACUGUUAUGAUUUCAGUGUUGUCAUCUUUUAUAUGUUGCUUUUAACCUGGUGCUGAUGCGCGUAUACUCAGAGUCGCUGAAGCAUUGCGGGCAUGCAGUUCAUUAAAUCAUGUUAAACCAGCGAGAAUUGCAGACAACGGGGAAGCUGCACAGACGUUUGUGAAUUAAAUCGCUGCUGCUAAAUAUCAUAUAUCCAAGACCUACGAAAAAAAUAAGGCCAUAGCACAAUUAGUAUUUUCAAACUGAAGUUUGCAUGCUGCAUCUGGCAGUUUGUGUGUGUAUAAUACAGUAUAUAUCUAUCAAUUCAGUAUGAAGCGCAAAGGAAUGUUUGCUAAGCUCAACCCCCUCCCCGCUAAGUUUGCAACACUGAUGUGAUAAAAGGCAAAUACUUGGGAAAUUAAACCUACUUAGUGUAAUUUUAGAAGGUCUUUUCGAACCAAGUGGUGCACACUUUGCAGAGGAGCAGUUUAGCAGAUUGGUUCACAUGCUCUACGUGGGUCACAUGUUACAAUGUGCCAUAGAAACGAGAAUCUUAUUUUGACAGCUGGCCCAGGACUUACUGUUAUAGGUUUGUUGCAUUGGCUGUAAUGGGGGCUAUAAUGCUUCCCCUUUUUUAAACAAAGGUUUUAGUAGUUUUUUUGUUUUGUUUUUUUUUACCAAAAAUCAAUUUAACAAAAUGCUGUAUGCAAUUGUAAUGUUAAGGUAUUGUACUGUAUAUUUUGGUUUUAUUUUUAACUGGAGGGCCUUUAUACAGUAUGCACUAUUUGUUUGUAUAUUGCCUAAUAAAUGUACUGCUUUAAAAGAGGAGACAUUUAAAUAGAGUCUAGGUGGUUAAAAUUAAAAACCCACAUUCAACACACAUUCAAGUGUGACAGGUGGGAAAAGGUAUAGAUUGGGCUUUUCCAAGUUCACUAUAGAUCAAUGUAUAGUAAUUCACAUGCAGCUGUAUCAGGACAUAACUGAUCAAGGUUGGAAUCUGAUUUUCUCAUUGCACUAUACGAGUGAUAGUCUGUAUAAACCCAUGCAUGUGGUCUACACUCUACUGCUUAAUUGUUAGUUUUCUCCAUUCGCUUUUUUCUUCUUUUUGGUCUGUUAAAGAGAGUACUGUCUAUUUGAAAUUGUACAUUCAUCUAUUGUUUCAAACAGUUGUCUUGCAAUGGAAACCCACUGGGGGGAAAAAAAAAAAAAACAUUGGUAAUAAACAUAUUUCAACAAUGGCAAA